ACAUCAGCUGAUUGCGUCAUUGCAUUUAAAACAAUAACGCAAAAACAAAAAACAAGUCGUAAUAUCUAAUCUAAAUUGGUAACUAUCGUUUUGCAAAUUACAGUGAGCAUAUUACGUUAAAAUGAAAUUCCAAUACAAAGAAGAACAUUCUUUUGAGAAGAGAAAGACCGAGGGCGAAAAGAUACGCAGAAAAUAUCCAGACCGCGUUCCAGUUAUUGUGGAGAAAGCCCCUAAAGCUCGACUGGGAGAUCUCGACAAAAAAAAGUAUUUGGUGCCAUCCGAUCUAACCGUGGGCCAAUUUUACUUUUUGAUCAGAAAACGGAUCCAUCUACGUCCCGAAGAUGCAUUGUUUUUUUUUGUUAACAACGUAAUACCUCCCACUUCUGCAACAAUGGGCUCGCUGUAUCAAGAACAUCACGAUGAAGACUUUUUCCUUUACAUUGCAUUUUCCGAUGAAAAUGUUUACGGCUAAUUUUUUCUUUUAAUUAAAAUUCACUUUAACAUCCAUAUGCAAAAUUUUCUAUCCAUAUGGUUGUCUUAAUUAUAAGGCUUAGCAAUAUUGAUGUAUUAUGUUUUUAAAAGGUGAUAAUUGAUUUAAUUUGCGAUUUGAUCUUUCAACUUUGUAAAUGCAAUGUUAUUAUAGUUUUAGCAAAAUACACUUAUAUGGGCGAAAGUAUUCUAUUAUUCCAAUUUCUUUGUUUGGUUAAGAGUGUAACAUUUAUGUAAUAAACAAUAAAUCUAUUUAAAAUACA